GUGAGACUUUAACCAAUUGAGGAUGUUAUUUUUCUUUCCUUCACUUCAGCUAGACGCCAAUAAUUAUUACAAUACUUAAUAAAGGAACACAUGGUAUAUUCGAUUAUACGAAAAGCAGUAACAGCGUCCAAAGGUUUUAUAUCUGCAACUUUCAAAAUCGAUUUGUUCGUUACAUCUUGCUUUCUCUUGUGAAAUGGUCUGCUUCAGUUUCGUCGAGUUCUGCCUUUCUGUCAGCGCAGUUUUACGACUUGGUUUAUUUACUGUGUGAAAUACAUAACUAUGUGUGGAACCGAAAGCACAAAAAAGAUAAAGAUCAAUAGAAAUAAAUAUAUUAAAAAGAGACAAAAUAUAUUUAACGUAACCGAACUGCUCACUGAAUAUUUCUUUCUUUAUUUUCAUGAUAGUGGUUCUCAAACUAAAAUAAUGCAGGCAGCAAUGCAUAACAUGACGAAGGCAGUGCAUGAUAAAGUGUCACCGUCACACAAUCAAGCCAUGAGAUUUAAUUGUGAUGGGGCAGUGAAUGCUAUGGCCAUGAACAAAGAUAUGACUCAAGUGGUAGUAGCUGGCAGAACAGUGUUCAAGAUAAUUUCCAUCGAAGAAGACCACUUUUCAGAGUUGGUCAACCUUCGUGUUGGCAAAGUAAAAAACAUUAACCUUACAUAUUCUGCUGCAGAUGUAGCUUGGAACCACAAUGAUGAAAAUUUGUUGGCAUCAGCUGCUACAAAUGGAGCAGUUGUGAUCUGGAAUCUCAGCAGACAAGUCAAGUCAAAGCAAGACUGUGUCUUCACUGAACACAAGCGGUCAGUCAACAGAGUAGUAUUCCACAACACAGAGGCUUAUCAGUUGUUGAGUGGAUCUCAAGAUGGAACUAUGAUGCUGCAUGACUUGAGGAAAAGACAAGUGUCAUCUAUAUUUACUGGACGUAGCACAGAGAGUGUACGGGACAUACAGUUUAGCCCACCAAAUCUUGGCUACUUUACCUUUGCUGCGGCAUAUGAAAAUGGAAUUGUUCAGAUUUGGGACAUGCGACGUCCUGAUCGCUGUGAGAAACAGUUCACUGCACACAAUGAGCCUGUGUUUUCUCUGGACUGGCAUCCAGAAGACAAAAGCUGGCUAGCUACUGCAGGCAGAGACAAGAUGAUUAAGGUAUGGGAUGUGAGCAAGCAGCCAGCCCAGCUGGUGUAUAAUGUCCAAACAAUUGCAUCGGUGGGACGCAUCAAGUGGCGCCCACAACGUCGAUAUCAUAUUGCCAACUGCUCCCUGCUGCUUGAUCAUAGCAUAAAUGUGUGGGACGUAAGACGUCCAUUCAUUCCAUUUGCUAAUUUUGAUGAGCAUAAAGAUGUAGCCACAUGUGUCUUGUGGAAGGAUGAUCCACAUGUAUUUCUAAGCACAGGCAAAGACCAGAUGCUCAUACAGCAUCUGUUUAAUGAUGCAAAGCGACCAGCAGAUAGUGUUAUUCCAUCUGGCAUUGACAUCAGCAUCUAUGGAGAUAUGUGCCAUGCCACCCGAGACAAAAACAAUGCUAGAGGGAAAGAGGUGACGAGUAAGCUGUCUGUACUUCGCAAGCCAAACCAGUCACGAAGUGAGCAGUUCUUCACUCAGGCCAAUAGUUCUCUUACAGUCUUUCAGCACAAACGAGAUACUACUCGGUUAGAAGAUUCCAUGGAGUGGUAUUUGCAGUCGGCAUGUGAAGAUGUGUCCAUGAUGAGUUUCCUGGAUCUAGCCAAGUCAUAUCAACUCAAGGGUCGGACAACGGAGGAGCUCUGCAGGCAGAAUGCAGCAGUAGCUUCUUUUCUUAACAAACAACAGAUUGCCAGUUCAUGGCUUCUACUUGGCAUUUUAUACUCAAAGACCAUUGUAAAAUCCAGCCUUCAAGUCCCUCGUAGAGUUUCAGUCACACCCACUGCUACUGAUACUGAGAAAGGCAAAUUCUCUGUAAACAUUGGCAGCCCAGAUGUCGAGCAAAGCACAGUCCACAUCAAAGCUGAAAAAGACAAAAUUGUUGAAAUAAGCACAGGAACAGAAGAUGAAUCUGAUGGGGAGAGCUCAGAAUAUGAGAAAAAGAUGUCUAACAUAGCCAGUGGACAUGGAACUAGUGGUGACUUUUUCUUUGGGGAUGGUGACACAGAUGUUGUACCUUAUACCUUGGGUAUUAAUGUCCAUUCAACUGGCGAGCAGGACUGGAGUCAUCUGCCGCCAGAAGCUUUCCAACCUCGACAUGAAAUCACGGGGCAUACAACUCCACCAGACCGCUUUGAUGGAACUGACCACGAUGCAUUGCACAUAGCAGCAAUAGAGUCAGACAUAACCCUUCCAACACCUACAGAGACAGAACUCAGAGAACAAUACCUUAACUUGAGUAUCGACGUAUCCUCCUUGCCCAGCUGCCCUGCUCAUGAUUUCACACCUAUUGUUGUAGAAUUAAUACGUUAUUUUGCUGAACAGGGGGAUGUACAAACGUGUGUCUCCAUGCUGAUUGUUUUGGGUGAUCAUGUCCGGUCUCAUAUUGAAGAAGAAAGUCAAGAGAACUGGUUUCUUAGCUACAUAGAUCUGUUAGGACAUUUUGAGCUGUGGCCACUGGCUAAUGAGAUAAUAUCUCUGAGUCAUCUGCCACAAGUGAAUCAGCUUAACCAAGUGUCAACAACCACUCAUACAGCUUGCCCUCAGUGCUCACGGGUCAUGGAACGUACAGGCUGGCUUUGUGAUCGCUGCAAAACACGCACAAACCUCUGCAGCAUUUGUCAUUUGCCUGUGAAAGGAGAAUGGGUCUGGUGCCAAGGCUGCUGUCAUGGUGGACACAUGCAGCACAUGCAGGAAUUCUUUCAACGUUACACCAUGUGUCCAGCUGGUUGUGGCCACCAUUGCGAGUACACAUGACUGUCUUGAGAGGAGUACAUCGGAUCUUUGCAAAUGAAUGGCCUAAAGAAUAUGCUGCAGCAAGGCAAUUACUGCAUAUAUUAGUGUAAGACUGUUAUAAGCUCUCAAACAUGAGCUUUGUGGAGAGAGUGGGAACACUGUAUGAGGCAUAAGGAAAAGACAUCGUGAAGCUGACAUGUUUGAAGUUAAUACCAGUAAAAUUGGGAAAUUUAGAUGGGCUAAUACCACCAGGACUAUGAUCAAGUUUUGUAUUCAGGGUCUUUACAUUGUUUUGUAUUUAUUCAUAUAAUGCAAAGCCUGAAAGGCUGAGCAGUUGUCUUAUUCCCCCAGCUAACAAUACCAGAACCCUACUCCCCAGCUUCCACCCCAAAAAGAACUCGUUUAAUUUUCUUUGGCUUAUCUGAACUGGGUAUUCAAUACAUAAUUAUCAGGCAUAUUGGGCUUAUGAUCUGUAUUGGGUAUUUCUUGCAUACAUUACUGUCAGGUAUAUUUUGCCCAUGUUCUGUACUGUAAAUCAGUGGUUCUCAAAGUGUGUUCUGUGGACCACUUGAGGGCCGCAUGCAUAAGUCAGGUGGUCUACAGCUGACAGUCAUCAUAUGUCAGCAAAGUGAUGUUUAAAUUGCAAUAUACGCUUAUUAGUCCAGUACUGAUUUCACACAAGUUUUUAUUUUAUCGAUACCCAACUGUUCGUUCACAUAAAACUCUAGCUUACCAAGUCUUUAUGUCACAGUGCGAGCAUUGUAUCAUUUAACUGUGUCAUCCAUUACCCUUAGUAACGCAGUACACUUAAUUUGUGUAUUUCUUGAAGUAUGUAAUUUUAUGUAAACUUAUUGCUAUACUACUGUCACAAAAGUAUAUUUUGUUUUGAAUUGUAAUAAAACAGAUGCUGCAGUUCAAAUUUGAAGUUCACGAACAGAGUGGUUUUAAGCCUUGGUGGGCGGCUGUAUUUGUUGACUUAAGUAAAGUGGUCCACUGUCCAAAAUACUUUGGGAACCACUGGUCUAAAUGCUUGAAAGGAUGAUCAACUAUAUCAUUCAGUCAUUUGUCCUAAAUCUCGUGCUUGUGGUGAAACAAAGCUAUUAAGAACUUUACUACCUCUUAUAGAUUGUGUAUGUUGUUCUGUAAGGUAGCCCUUUUUACAAGAGCACUUCAUAUUUCAGAAGUCAUGAAUGAUAAAAAAUCCUCAGAGAAUGGAUGUGUAGAAAAGUAAAAUUUUGCAAGGUAAUUUUGGAAAUAAAAAUGCUAAGAAAA